UUCCAUCGGCCCAAACAAAGUCCAAAGUCACACGCCGAAAUUUCGAAAGGAACUCGUUGUUCUCGCCUCCUUUCCCUCACCUUCCUCCGCCUUUCUAUCUGCCUCUCGCCGCCGCGCCAAUCCAAGGGCACAGUCCUUUUCAUUUCCUCUCAAGUGAGAUCUUAUGAGGUGGUGUUGAACGGUUGGCAACUUCUAGUUACUUGGUUGAAGCAGAUAAGUUCUUUCUGUCCAUAUUUUCCAUGAGUCAUUGUUUUAUCUGAUGCAAAUCAUGAAGCUGUUUGGACUUGUAAAAGUGAUUCGUGUCCAUCCCUUUGUUCGUGAAGUAACUGGACCUUUGCAGUCUCGUACCUUCCAGCAUGAUUUUGUUCCAACAGAUCCCAAUGCUAAGCCUAAAAGGUUCAAAUAUCCACAAUUCUAUGAUCCAUACGGCCCAAGACCUCCGCCCUCUGAUAAGAUUGUUCAACUGGCAGAGCGCAUUGCUUCCCUACUACCUGAAGAACGCAGACAAAUUGGUCCUACUCUGUCCGAGAGGCUAAGGCACCCAAAAUUGCAGCCGAUUGACACUGAAGGGAUGGACUUAGGUUCACAAGGUGGAGGAGAUGCAGGAGCUAGGAAGGUUGAGGAGAAGAAAGAGAAAACAGCAUUUGAUGUUAAGUUGGAGAAGUUUGAUGCUGCUGCAAAAAUCAAGGUUAUUAAAGAAGUGAGAGCUUUUACUAAUUUGGGUUUGAAAGAGGCCAAGGACCUUGUUGAAAAGGUACCUGUUUUGCUCAAACAAGGCAUCACCAAGGAGGAAGCAAAUGACAUAAUUGAGAAGAUUAAGUCAGCUGGAGGAGUUGCUGUCAUGGAGUGAGCUUUUUGUUAUCUUUCUCGCUGCUUUUUAUUGUUCUGUUUUAAUGAGUCAGCCAUAUUGGGGAAACGAUGGAAACAUGCUACCGUAUAAGUUUUGUUGUAUGGUAAGGCUACCGUUAAUCAGAUUCUACCAUUAAUCAGAUUCAGAGAUGCAAAGCAAUAAUCAGGUUUGAAAUUUUGAUUUUGUUUCAAAUGCCCCGGUUUUCAAUGUGUAGACAGUUGGAUACUGUUGAAAUGUAAUUUACAGAAUUUCUUUCUAGGAUGAAAAUUUUGGAAGAAGAAGAAAAGGCAACUUAUAUCUUCAGUCUUA